CAGGGCAACAGGGACCCUCCUCUCAUUAUAGUAUUAUAAAUCUUCCCCUCUGCCUUUCACUAUAUACUUAAUUCCACUGAAUCAACUUUCUUGGAUCUGCCAUGAUACUACUGUUUGUGCCAAAACUACUCUGUCUUGUUUCUGGGAAAACAGAAAACUAAACAGAUAGAUAGAUAUAUGGGCAAUCACAGGUUUAGGUUAUCAGAUAUGAUCCCAAAUGCCUGGUUUUACAAGCUUAGAGACAUGAGCAGAAAAACAAGAACCUCGAAAACCCAAAACCAAACCUCGUCCAAACCUGGUUUUCGCAACCCCAAUGUUUCUCAGCCUAGGCAAUCCUAUUAUUACACCAGAGAUUCCGUUGCUAAAGGCUACAAGCUGUACAAUUCGCCGGCCAACACAAAAUCCUCCGGGAAUUCUCACUUUCUUGAUCCGCCGAGAAGGUCUUCCCGCCGGCGGUCGAGGAGGAAGACCGUUUACCGGCCUUCUCCGGCUCCGGCAGCCCCUGCUUCUGUGUGUACUUGUGGCGGCGGUAGAGAUGGUUGGUCUCCUUUGGCCGAGUUUGACGAUUUGCUCCAAUCUCCGACGUCGGAGUUCGAUUCCGACGCCGGCGAGGUGCCUAAGUCGUUCAACGGGCUAGCUUCUUGGUCGAGCUCCGGCAGCUGCACCGAUAUAGUCCUGGACAUGAACGAGAAAUCCCGGACGGUAGAGCUAGCCGGCGGCGGAUACGAGCUAGACCUCCGGCCAAUUCUCACCAAGCUCCCCGCCGGAAAUUCAAGAAACUCUGACGCCUUAGACGAAGAAGGGUCGAUGAGGAAAGAGAGUCGACCAAGAAAGUCUUUCUCGCAGUCCACGGGAGUGAAGCUUCGAGUGAAUUCUCCCAAGAUAGGCAGCCGGAAAAUUCAGAGCCAUGCCCGGAAAAGCGUGUCGUCGGGAAAUCGAUCAAAGGCGGCGGCGGCGAAGAAGAGCUUCUCCGGGAGCUUUGCGGUGGUUAAGGCUUCGUUGGAUCCGGAGAAGGAUUUCAAAGAAUCGAUGAUGGAGAUGAUCGUGGAGAACAAUAUAAAGACUUCAAAGGACUUGGAAGAGCUUCUUGCUUGUUAUCUUUCCUUGAAUUCUGACGAGUAUCAUGCCCUCAUUAUUAAGGCGUUUCAGCAAAUUUGGUUCAACCUCUCUCAUCUCCAUUUGUAAAAACCUUCCAAAUUUAUCUUUUCAUCCAUUUCCUCUUUAAUUAGUUGUAAUUACUAAUUUAUUAGCCGCCUUUCCUUUGUACAAAAUAAUUUUGCAUUAGUGAGUGUAAAAACUAUGCUAAUUUAUGUAUCAACAACAUUGAAAUUUUGCACCCUC